AUGGACAGUUUCGAUUUGGACGAUAUGGCAGAAGCUCGAGCCAUGGCUGACGAACAGGGAUACCAUCAAAGAAGUCCUUCCAUGAUGAUUGUGGUGCCUCUACAAGAAGGAGGAGACAGACUCUUUUGCGACGACUUGAAUGCUUCCUUUUAUGAAUAUGAUUUCUACCUCCAUGCGCAAGAAGACUAUGACGAUGGAUUGGAUAUCCCUCCCGUCGCCGAAAUCCGCAUCGAGUCUCCCAAGUCCAUUGUGGACCAGUUCUGGGGGGAAGGAGAUCUACUGCUCGAAGGAGCAGCACCCAAGAAAGUCCAUCACGCCCGUACCAGUUCGCGUUCCACGUGCACCCAAACUACCUGCUGCAGCAGCGUGCUUCCCAUCAUUACGGACUUGAUUCAGUCUUCAACGACCAUCUCGGCAGCUCGAAGAUCGUGCCAUCGCAGAUCCAGGAACCGCGCCAUGGCAGCACAGGACUUUCACAGAAAUAUUCUCCCCAAGUUGGACGAAGCUUUGGAAGAGUACGAACUGGAUGGAAGCAACAGCAACCCUCUAGCCGCCAACGAAAGAAUAGGUGCGGGUGAACCACAAUCCGCCGAGUGUUAG